AUGGUGCUGGCGGAUUUGGAGGAAGAGAUGGGGAAGGUGAGGUGGGGAGGAGUGAGGUUAGGAAGGGAAAGGGUUUAUUCAUUGUCGUAUGCGGAUGAUGUUGUGUUGAUGUCAGAGGACAAAGAGGGAAUGAAGAGUAUAAUGGUGAGGCUGGAAAAAUAUCUAGAGGAAAAGAAAUUGGAAUUAAAUAGUGACAAGACGAUGGUAGUGAGAUUUAGAAAAGGAAGAGGAAGGAUGGAUAAAAGGAUAUGGAGGUGGAAAGGGAAGAAAACAGAAGAGGUCAAAGCGAUUAAAUAUCUAGGGUAUGUGUUUCAAAGAAAUGGGAAUCAAGACGCGCAUGUGAGGGAUAGAGUAAGAAGGGCUACAGCGGUAAUGGGGCAGAUUUGGAGUAUAGGAAAAAGGAGGUUUGGUAAAGAUAUGGGUAGAAAAUUAUGGUUAUUUGAUAAAUUGGUUUGGACGGUGUUAGCUUAUAGAGUAGAGAUCUGGGGGUGGGAGGAAAGAGAGGAGAUGAAGAAAUUAGAGGAAAGGUAUUUGAGAUGGUGUCUAGGUGUAGACGGAAAAAGACCGAGCUAUUUAAUAAGGGAAGAAUUGCAAAGAGAGAAAUUGAGGGGAAGGGCGGCGAAGAGGGCAUGGGGGUUUGAGAAAAGGUUAAAAGAGGGAAGGGGAGGGGUAUUGACGAGAAGAUGUUGGGAGGAAGUGAAGGAGAGAGCAAAGAGAAGAAAAGUGGAAGAGGGAUGGGAAGAGGAGAGAAAAAGACAUUUUGAGGGUAAGGGAUGGAAGAUAGAGGAAAUGGAGAAAAAGAGAGAGGAGGGAAGGUUUUGGUAUGGAGUAAUAGAGAAAAUGAAUAAGGAGAAGCAGACGGAGGAGAGGUGGAAGAGGAUAAGGGAGUCGAGAUAUAACAAUUGGUAUAAGGAGGUGAAGGGAAGAGGACUGCCGGGAUACUUGAAGAAGGGAUGGGGGAAAGUAGAUGGAGAAGAGUAG